CGAGGCCCCGCCAGCCGGCCGGGAACCGGUCCGCGGUGGCCCGGCGGGCGGCGCGGCAGCAGGUGCUGGGGUGCAGUAGCGGAUAGGGCGGGCGCGCGGCCAGGCCACUCCUGGGGCCCAGCCCUCAAGACCCAACUCCAGCCCAGGCCCAAACUAGUUGCGCCGGCGGCGGAGAGCCAGGCUACAGAGCCACUGGCCCGCCAUGCCGGCGGUCAAGAAGGAACUACCAGGCCGCGAAGACCUGGCCCUGGCUCUGGCCACCUUCCAUCCGACCCUGGCCGCACUACCGCUGCCGCCGCUCCCGGGCUACCUGACACCGCUGCCAGCUGCGGCCGCCCUGCCCCCGGCCGCCUCGCUCCCCGCCGCGACCGCCGGCUACGAGGCGCUGUUGGCUCCGUCACUUCGCUCCCCGCGCGCCUACCUGAGCCUGCACGAGGCCGCCCCGUACCUCCACCUGCCCCGGGACCCUCUGGCCCUCGAGCGCUUCUCGGCCACCGCGGCCCCAGCCCCGGAUUUCCAGCCACUGCUCGACAACGGCGAGCCGUGCAUCGAGGUGGAGUGCGGCGCCAACCGCGCGCUGCUUUACGUGCGCAAACUCUGCCAGGGCAGCAAAGGUCCGUCCAUCCGCCACCGCGGGGAGUGGCUCACACCCAACGAGUUCCAGUUCGUCAGCGGCCGAGAGACGGCCAAGGACUGGAAGCGCAGCAUCCGCCACAAAGGAAAAAGUCUGAAGACGCUUAUGUCCAAGGGGAUUCUGCAGGUGCACCCUCCGAUCUGCGACUGUCCGGGCUGUCGAAUAUCCUCCCCGGUGAACCGGGGGCGCCUGGCAGACAAGAGGACAGUUGCCCUGCCCACUCCACGGGUCCUGAAGAAGGAGUUGACCCCCAGCUUCUCAGCCAGUGAUGGUGACAGUGAUGGGAAUGGCCCAGCCUGUGGGCGGCGGCCAGGCUUGAAGCAGGAGGACGCCCCCCAUGUCCGUAUCAUGAAGAGAAGAGUCCACACCCACUGGGACGUGAACAUCUCCUUCCGAGAGACGUCCUGCAGCCAGGACAGUGACCUGCCCACCCUCAUAUCCAGUGUCCAUCGCAGCCGUCACCUCGUUAUGCCCGAGCAUCAGAGCCGCUGUGAAUUCCAGAGAAGUGGCGUGGAGAUCGGCCUGGGGGCUGCAGGUGACCUGUUGGGCAAGAGGCUAAGCCGCUCCCCCCACAUCAGCAGUGACUGCCCAUUGGAGAAGAAGGCGCGAAGCAAGUCGCCCCAAGAGACUCUGUUGCUGCCAGAACUCGGGCCCGGCAUGGCCCCUGAGGAUCAUUACCGCCGGCUUGUAUCUGCCCUGAGUGAGGCCGGCACCUUUGAGGACCCCCAGCGUCUCUACCACCUGGGCCUCCCCAGCCACGCUCGGUUUUUCUGGCUGGAGGGGAGUUCCGGGAAGAGAAAGGGCGCGCGGGCGCUCACCGCUUACUUCCUCGUCGUCCACAGGGAGCUGUCGCAGCCACCCCCUUUGUUGUCGCCCCAGAAUGCCCCUCACAUCGCCCUGGGCUCCCACCUCCGGCCUCCCUUUUUGGGGGUGCCCUCGGCCCUGUGCCACACCCCAGGUUACGGCUUCCUGCCCCCUGCCCAGGCGGAGAUGCUCGCCCGGCAGCAGGAACUCCUGCGGAAGCAGAACCUGGCCCGGCUGGAGAUGUCGGCAGAGCUGCUGCGUCAGAAGGAGCUGGAGAGCGCGCACCGGCCGCAGCUGCUAGCGCCCGAAGCCGCCCUGCGCCCGGCCGACGGCGCGGAGGAGGCGCAGCGGCGCGGGGCCAUGCUGGUGCUGAGACACAGCUCCGCGCCGCUGCUGGCCCUGCCCCCCCAGGGACCCCCGGGCCCCAGCACGCCCACCCCUCCCCGGGAGCCUGUCCGUCGAGGCCCUCGUAAGGGGGGACCCAGCCCUGCCUCAGCCCACUCCAGUGAGUCCAAGGAGACCACGGGGGCUGGGCUCUGGGCACAAGAUGGCUCUGAGGAUGAGCACCCAAAGGACUCAGAAGGAGAGGACCCUGAGAUGGUCGCUGCCGGGGGCCUGGGCCCCACGCUAGGCCAAGCCCCAACUGGACGGGCCAGCCCUGAGGGGAAGGGGCUUCUCUCAGGGUCCAUGCUGCCCCCUCCACUGCCCUUGGGCUUACCCUACGCUGUCAGCCCCUACUUCCACACAGGCACCACGGGGGGACUCUUCGUGGAUGGGGAGGAGGCCACAGCCCCUGAGGACCUCAGCAAGUGGACGGUGGACGAUGUCUGCAGCUUUGUGGGGGGCCUGUCUGGCUGUGGAGAAUAUGCACCGGUCUUCAGAGAACAGGGGAUCGACGGGGAGACCUUGCCCCUGCUGACUGAGGAGCACCUCCUGUCCACCAUGGGGUUGAAGCUUGGGCCUGCUCUCAAGAUCCGGGCCCAGGUGGCCAAGCGCCUGGGCAGAGUCUUCUACAUGGCCAGCUUCCCUGUGGCUUUGCCACUACAGCCACCAACACUGCGGGCCCCAGAGCGGGAGCUUGCCUCUGGGGAGCAGGCCCUGUCCCCAGCACUGGCCCCUUCCCCCUAUGGUGGGGGGCACCCCCCUGCCGGGAGAGCUUCACCCAAGCAAGAGAACGGAACCGUGGCUCUACUCCCAGGACCUGCCGACCCCUCCCAGCCUCUGUGCUGAACUGGAGGCUGAACCACCCUGACCCCUAAGCCCUUCAGUGCCAGCGGCUCUGAUACAAAGGACCCACCCCCACAGCUUAUCUUCCUUUUGGUUUUGGAUGCAAAAACACAGAUUUUUUUUAAAAGGAGAACGUUGACUUCAGAGCAAGUUUCUGAAACUCUGGGAGUAAAGCCAGGUGCAGACAGCCUGGGGACUCAAACCUGAGCCCAGGCACAGGGACUCUGUGUCCUGGGUACCUGCAGACAAACCAAAGACUGACAAAGGAGGCAGAGAAGGCACAUCAUGCCAUACUGGCCCUGGCCAUGCUUGCUGGCUCCCUCUGGAACUGGGACGGCUUUCUGCGAGGUUUUCAGGAUCCUGCCCUUGGGUGAAAGGUCAGGGCAGAGACCCACUCUGGAUCAGCGUCCCUCAUGGGGCUGAUGUUUCCAACCUGGCACUGCGGUGCACACGGUGCUGGUCUCCCUCCCCACAGCCACCGCUCCAAGGACCUGCACAGGGCUCGGUACUUGCUGGUCUUUCAUGUUGUAAAAAUAAAGCCCAGUCCACCAUCAACUGCUCUCCCCCCACUGCACGGUCCCUGGCCUUGGGGUUCAGCGCUGGCCAAGAAGACACAAGCCCAGCUGCCUGGUGAGGUGGGAACGCUGCACGGCAGUCCCCGCAGGCCCCCCAGGCUGGCAGCCCUCAGUCCUCCUCAGAGAGCUGUAGGUCCUGCAACUCAUCCUCUGGUCCCUGGGCCAGCCGCCACAGCUCCCCGAGGUCCAGCCCCACCUCUGUGUCUGGGCCUCCAUCUGCAGGGAGAGACCGAGGCUACAUAAAUUCUGCUUUAUCAGGAAGAAGCCAGCCUUGGAGAUUACUCAUCACUAAUUAAUCACAGCCCUAAUUAAUUUAUUGGUGCCGCUGUUACUGGCUGCCAGAGCGAGCAGGAACAGAGCAGCUGCUCUGGCAUCCCCAAGGAGGCGUGUGGGCCCAAGAAAGCCAUCUUCCCGCCCAACAGCCCCCGCCCACCCAGCCACCGACACCCAUGACAGCCUUGGGCUCCUGAACAGAUCGGCUCAAAGGGCCACAGCCCCACCCUCACUCCCAGGAACCACUUACCCUUGGAAUUGCUGAUUUCCUCCUGGCUGCUGAGGCUGCCAUCUUCCUCCUCUUUUUCCUCCUCUACCCUCUGCCAAGCUCUUAGGGACCCAGGCAUCCCUGGGGACCAAGCAAAAGAGCCCAUGGGAGUGGGCCCACCAGCAAAUACAUACUCGGGACAGCUAAUGUAAGAGUGUGGGCCAGGCUCACAACCCCACACCCACCCACCCUCCCCUCAGGCCCUCUCUGUACAGGUGGAUUCAGAAGUGCCCAGCAAGUAGCAGGGGUGAGGGAAGAAGAUCACGGGACACGUGCUCCAAUUCCAGGAGGCCCGCACCUCAGCACAAGCAGAGUGGUGGGAGAAGGGGCACAGCAAGCAUGAGCAGCAAGGUGGAAGCAGGCAGCCUCUUCUGAGUCCGUGAGGUGCCUCAGGAAGCUCCCGGGGCCCACCUGCCCCUUCCCCGCACGGAGCUCAGGCUGAGCGCAGGUGCCUACCUCUCGCUGAGAAGUCCAUGGCACUAUCUUCAUCACUGUCCAGAUCAAAGAGGUCCUUAAAUUCCA